AUGUCCCUCACAGCCGCCACCAGCCUGGCCGAGCGAGGCAUAUCCACAUCCGCCAAGAUCGGCAAACGCGGCCAGACCUGGUGCGGCUGCAGAAACGGAAUGGAUCACUCGACCUGCGAUCAAGCAAACGAUGACCUCCGCAACCAACUCGGUAGCGGGCCAAACAUCAAUGGAGGUCAAGCUUACUACUCUAUCAAGAGCCCGUCUGUGGCUUUCGUCUGCAACAAGGAUCAGUAUUCUGCGCAAGUGUUCGGUGGGAGUGUGCCGACUGGCUCGCAGCAUGUUACCCAAGCUUGUGGUCUGUAUGUUGCGGGGACUUGGAGGAUUGAUGGGUUGCCUGCUAUGGAUUAUAGGUAUAUGGAUUGGAAUAAUGGGCUUGAUUUCUGCGCUCAUGCUGAGGGGUCGGGAUCUCAUUCUUGCUAA